UAAAUAGUCUGCAUGCAUCUUACUCUUUUCAACAUCCCAACCAACUCACACACCUCACCUUCUAUAUAUAUCUCUCUAACUAAGAAAGACAAAAUGCAAUACAAAUCCGAAACUCGGGACUCGCUUUCCUAUAAUAAGAUGAACAACAUGGGAGUCUUUCCAUCGGAGACUCUUGUUAGGAUUGAGUCCAUGGCUGCAGAAAAUGCGGUGGUUAUAUUCAGCAUGAGCACUUGCUCCAUGUGCCACGCCAUGAAGCGUCUCUUCCGCGGAAUGGGAGUCAGCCCUGCCGUCCAUGAGCUCGACCUCCACCCUUAUGGCGUCGAUAUCCACCGAGCCCUUCUUCGUCUCCUUGGCUGCUCCAGCCCCACUUCUCCGGGGGCACUUCCGGUGGUAUUCAUCGGUAGGAAGAUGAUAGGAUCAAUGGAGAGAGUGAUGGCUUCACAUAUCAACGGCUCACUCGUCCCUCUUCUCAAAGAUGCUGGUGCUCUCUGGCUCUGACCCCAUGUCCACAGUUCACCUUCUCCGUUUUCUUUUCCUUUUCCUUGCUUG